AUUCUUGACACACUAAUCGCUUAUCCCGGAAGCCAGCCACACCAAUGUGUCGGAGGAAACACCUUACAACUGGCAACCGAAGUCAGCUUUCAGGCGCCCGGCCCCCCACAAUGAGUCGCUAGAGCGCGAUGGGACAAGGACAUCCCGGCUGGCCAAACCCUCCCUUAACCCGGACGACGCUGGGCCAAUUGUGCGCUGCCUCAUGGGUCUCCCGGUCAUGGCCGGCUGUGACCGGGAUCGAACCCGGGGCUGUAGUGACGUCUCAAGCACUGCAGUGCCUUAGACCACUGCUCCACUCGGGUGGCCUUAUCAGGAACCAUCUUGACCUCACAUUCAGAAAACCCACUGGUGUCUAUAGCUUAAGUCUCUGAGAUGUCUGGCCAUUUCUGUUAUGUUGAGUGGUUGUGUUGGUUUAGCUUGGUUUGUGUCCAUUACAGAACACCACAGAAAAACACUUCCGGAUAGUCCCCCUUACUUCAGUCCCUUUUUCUUCCAUUUGGUGGCUACUGAACAUCAACCUGGUGCCAUUUGAGUGUGUCCAGAGUGUAAAUCAUUCUGCUUGGUCACAGACAGUUGUUCUGGAUUGGCUCAGGUUUCAGUCCCUCCCUCUCUCUGCUGUGGGCUCCAGUCAGUCAACAUGUGGGUCAGAGAGCAGAUCUAUAUGAUAUAGAGCUAUACAUAGAUCCUCAGUUUACAAAUGUCACCAGGGAUCCAUCUGAUAUGGCACCCUAUCUCCUCUAUAGCGAUGGUAUUCAAACUUUUUCAGCAGGGACCCCAUUUUUUCAGCCAGAAUUUCUGGGUACACCAUUUUUCCCACAAUCAUUUAUUGUGACCCUACCCCAAAUAUAAUGACACAAUCUUAAAAUCGGUGCAAUAAAUACAUUUACUCAAUAACAUUUUAUUUUUCAAAAUAUUAUUCUCAAAAAUGUUUGUAUAUUGUCACAUACAAUAAUCUGUACUCCACAUUUUCUGGUUCCUAAAAAAUAAAAUAAAUAGCUUGGCAACCCCGACUUUGAAUAGCACUGCUCUAAGGAACAGGCCAGGACAGGGAGGCCUGUUUUACUGUGGUCUCAGACAGAGGGACAUCCUAACAUGCUAUCAGGGAAAAUAGAUACCUGCACACUGUCAAAGGGUUUGGAUGAAGAUGCAAAACAGAUGCUUCUGUUUACAUGCAGGAUACAUUAACAUGCAAACAUGAGUGCUAAAAGGUCAGAGAGGCAGUGAGUGUGUGUUGCCUGCCAUGUCUUAAUAGAGAUGGUUGCUCAUCACAAACAGCAUUUGUGGUGGGAUGCGUUGGGGAAGAGUACCAUUGUACUUCUGCUUAUGCUUGAUUUUUGAUUGGUUGGGAUAUAGUUCACACAUGGUCUGUUUGUUGAUCUGGUCACAUGUGCUGUGGUCAGCUUGUUGUGGUCUCUGUGGUCAUUUAAACACAUCAAGCAGUUCCUAGAUCAUCUUGUGUGUGAUGAUGUGUGCAGUCACUAGCUAGGUACAGGGUGAUGGUUACUAAGGUCAGUAUGGUCGUUGUGUGAGGUGGCAGCAUGCAUCGCCAGGGACAACAACAGGAAGGGAAUAGAUGUCCGGCAGGAAAUGAGGUCAGCGGUGAGCAGCCAGCUGCUGGGCUGUCUCAAGGAGAGGAGAGGAUGGAGAGGGUUUAACAGUAAAGAGUUUACCCUAUUUUACCACACGCAACAUAGUGGAAACUAAGAUUUAGCACCAGGAAAGCAUUUACCUGAGACAUCAGGGGACAACUUGUCAUGUAUUUUAUUGAUAAUCACAUUUCCUGUUUAGAUCCGAUUGUGGAUUAGGUUUUAACUGGUGUUUCUCAGUCUGAAGGAGCAGCGUCUGAGGUACCUGAAGCAGCAGGACCACACACAGGGCCAGACAGCGUCAGAGGCUGAGAAGCUGCAGAGGUUGAAGGAGCGAGUGGAGAAUCAGGAGGCCAAACUAAAGAAGAUCCGCGCCAUGAGGGGCCAGGUGGACUACAGCAAGCUCAUCAAUGGCAACCUGUCGGCUGAGAUCCAGCAUGUGAGUGGGCUGUUCCAGGAGAAGCAGGCAGAGCUGCAGUCAGCUGUGGUGAAGGUGGACCAGCUCACCCAGCAGCUGGAGGACCUGAGGAGGGGACGUCUCAACGGCCUGCAGCCCCUAGGAGGACCUCUCACUGGCACCGCCGCCCUGGAGCUACGCAAACUUUACCAGGAGCUACAGGUGCGUAACAAGCUGAACGCGGAGCAGGGCGGCAGGCUGCAGCAGAACAAGGAGCUGCUGAAUAAGCGCAACACAGAGGUGACCAUGAUGGACAAGCGCAUCUGGGAUCUCCGCGAGCGCCUGCAUAAGAAAAAAGCUGAGGCACGUCAAAAAGAGAACAACCCUCUUAACAGGAUAAAUGGGCCUCCCUCCCCCCAGCCCACCCUCAGCAGCUCAGGGCGCGUGGCCGCUGUGUGUCCCUAUAUCCAGGUCCCCAUCCCAGGCAGACAGGAGGGAGGCUACGCUCUGCCCCCAGACCCCUUAAAACCACACUCUGUCCCUGGGACUGGCCCCAUCAACCAUGGCCGCUCUAAAUCAGCAGAGGAGGAGGGGUGCGGUGUGAGGAAGCCCUCCGGCCAAUGGAAGGUCUCAGAUUUAGACAUCAUAGUGGACCCCGUGGAGCUGAGAGAGGGGCCCCGGUCCCCCUCAGGGGCCCACGGUGCCAACACCAAUGAUGCAGUGUGGCCCACCCUGAGUAAAAGUGUCUCCUCACGCCAACCUUCAGAUUGGAGGAAAACCAGCCCAGACCAGAGCCUUGACUCCAGUAAGCUACCAGGAGGAUCCGUGUCCAAACCACCACCCAUCUACGGCACUUACCCUGCACCUACUGGCCACCCGUCUAUAGUCUGCUCUACCAGCUCCCUGCCCAGGUCUGCCCCUGCCACCUUAGCCUGGCAGCGCUCAGCCCCAACCCCUGCACCUCCUGGUUCCUCCUCCCAGCAGAUCCAGCAGCGUAUCUCUGUCCCCCCCAGUCCCACACCCCAGCCGGGCCCGGGAGAGAGGCCUGACCCCCCGCUGGCUGUGGCUGUGAGGCCCUACGUCCCAGACAGGUCCUCCUCCAGGCCUCAGUCCCCCAGGAAGGGCCCAGCCACCAUGAACUCCUCCUCCAUCUACCACAUGUACCUGCAGCAGCCUGCAGCCAAGAGCUACCCAAUAGGAGGCAGAUCUGCUGUCAAAGCAGUGUAUGGGAAACCAGUGCUUCCCUCCAGCACCUCUCCCUCCCCUGUGCCCUUCCAACACGGGGCACUGUCCCCAGGAGGAGGCCUGGGUGGUGGAGAGGACAUGGUGGACAGAGAAGGGGACACCACAGAGGGUAGACUCCUACCCCCUCCCAGUGUGGAGAACAUCCCGCGGCCCCUGAGCCCCACCAAGCUGACCCCCGUGGCCCACUCCCCGCUGCGUUACCAGAGCGAUGCCGACCUGGAGGUCCUGCGCCGGCGGUUGACCAAUGCGCCGCGCCCGCUGAAGAAACGCAGCUCCAUCACAGAGCCAGAGGGCCCCACCGGACCCAACAUCCAGAAGCUCCUGUACCAGCGCUUCAACACCCUGGCCGGAGGCAUGGAGGGCAGCAACAACACUCCGUUCUACCAGCCUGUCUUCAUGGGUGGUGUCCUGGGAUGUCCUGACAUGGACAACAUCAACACUGCUAAUGGGAACCUGAUGGAGACAGCCUCCCUUGUGGUCACUGCAGCAGAGGGUCCCAAUUCAGACCAUCGCCUGUCCCCUUCCUCUGACUCCAAUGAAAAUCAGAAGCAGAGGACACCCCCACCCAGUGAGACCAUUCCCUGCUUGCCCACCCCCCAGCCCAGCCAGGAAGACAACAACAACAACAACCAGCCUGGUCCUACCACCACCAGCACCACCUCCACUCCAAGGCCCAUCCCUGAGGCCUCGUCCCCCCAGCAGAAAGACACCUCUCCCCGGACUGUCACACCCCCGGCACUGCCUAAGCAGAUCAAGAGGACUAACCUGAAGAAGCCUGAGUCAGAGCGGACAGGCCACGGGCUGCGGGUCAAGUUCAACCCCCUGGCCCUGCUACUGGACGCCUCUCUGGAGGGAGAGUUUGACCUGGUGCAAAGGAUCAUCUAUGAGGUUGAGAAUCCCAGCACAGCCAAUGACGAGGGCAUCACCCCCCUGCACAACGCUGUAUGUGCUGGACAUCACCACAUCGUCAAGUUCCUGCUCGACUUUGGGGUCAACGUCAACGCUGCUGACAGCGAUGGAUGGACCCCACUACACUGUGCAGCCUCCUGUAACAGUGUACAUCUCUGUAAGAUGCUGGUGGAGUCAGGGGCGGCCAUCUUUGCCACCACCAUAAGUGACGUGGAGACAGCGGCUGAUAAGUGUGAGGAGAUGGAGGACGGAUACACACAGUGUUCCCAGUUCCUCUACGGGGUGCAGGAGAAGCUGGGUGUGAUGAAUAAAGGGUCGGUGUACGGGCUGUGGGACUACGAGGCCCAGAGCUCAGACGAGCUGUCCUUCCACGAUGGAGACGCCAUUACCACUCUGAGCCGCAGGGACGACGCUGAGACAGAAUGGUGGUGGGCCAGACUACAUGACAAGGAGGGAUACGUGCCACGCAAUCUGCUAGGGUUGUAUCCAAGGAUCAAGCCUAGACAACGUUCUCUGGCAUAGAGAAGACGAUGCACGUUGCUGAGAAGAUAGUGCACGUUGUUGUGCUGGGACUGGGCUCAGAGCUGGAGCUGACUAGACUUGCAGACAGUGGCAGCGCCUGGACAGUGCCCUCUCUCUGUGUCAGUCUGUGCCACCCCAGAACAAAGGACAAGGGCCAGGGCAUGGACAGAGUGGCCUAUAUCUGGACAGACAGACAGACGGACAGACAGACAGGCUCGGUAUUGGUGGUCACUUACCAAAUAGUAAGAAGAGCCAGCAUACACCACCCGUAGAUCCCUGUCUGCAUUUAAGGUUUCACUUUUCUCCCUGACUAAGCUGACUUUUUCUCAAUGGUUCAUGAAGCAAUGAAGGACCAUUUUUACUUAUUUUUUUCAACAACUCCCAGCGCCCUGCCACCACCCCUCAUUCAGAGAAUACUCUGGAUCUGGGCUUCCCAUUUCCCUCUCUCACUCUGUUUUUCUCCUGUGUGUCAGUCGAGUAAGGACUUGAAUGUGAUAAUCUCAGAGAAGGGAGCAGAGGACAGAGGCAGUCAUGAGUUAGUGAAUGUGGGUUUGAACUAAGUGCUGUUAGAUGAAGAUGGACAGUUACCCUGCAAGGCAAAUCUUCAGGGUUUCUGUGGAGGAAAGAAAGCAAGAGAUAAGAUAAUGUUUUUACGAGAUGAGAAAUGGACAGGACGAAAUGUGACAGCAGGUGUUAUUGAACGACUUUGAAGGCUGGUUAAAGCUUCUGAAAGAGAUGUGGAAUGUUUAAAACAGUCAUACAAUGUUGGUUUUAUUUUUUGCGAACCAAAAUGUGUUCUGAAGGAAUGAGGGGAAGAGGUAGUGCUGGGAUAGGAAAGUGAGAGGUGCAGUAUUUUCUUCUACAGAUAUAAUAACUAUGAAGCUAACUAUGGGUGUGAAUUGAAACUAAGCUCAUCAAACACUCAUAGGCCUACAGUAUAUAAAUGCUUUAUCACCCAAACAGGAGGUCUAUAGUUAGGAUCUCUCUUUGGCGUUUGUAUUCAUAUUGAGUUAAAUUUAGGCAGAAGUUUGUACAUUGUGCUAUUUUUGUUUCAGGUUGGUUGUUGUCUAUUUAAUACCCAUCAUGCAAAUUGAUACACAAUUUCAUCACUGAGUAUAGCCUACCUGUUGACCGACGCUGGCUUGAUUUACUGGUUGUGUAUUACAGUCUGCUGUAUGGAUGGGUUAUGUGACAUACAAAACAAACACCAAUCAAUAUGCUGCAAAACAUUUAAAUGUACACAAUAAAUAAU